AUGGCUUGUCCUUUUCACGACACUUUGAUCAAACGGGCUUCAAUCAGUAACAUAGGCGUUUUUGAUAUCACGCUGGUGUCCAUGAGUCUUGCUCGUGAGUUUGGCUGUCUCUCAAUAUACCUAAUCAAUAACGUAACAAACAUUCCAUAUUACCUCUAUAUCUAA